GAAUAUUAAAAAAGAAGUUGACGAAGAAAGCACCGAGAAAAUAUGAAAAUAAAACGCGGCCAUUACUGUUUCUGGAAAAGUGAAAUAAAUUCCACCGCUAUCGUAAUCCAAUACUACCUAUGACUAUGAAAACGUACACAUAAAUCGAAGAAAAGUCAAUGGUCUUGUCUCUUCACACACGCAUAAAUAUAACUCCAUAACUCCCAUUUCCCAUUCCACACUACAACAACAAUUUUACAAACACAACACAAGUUCACAAUAAAACACAAAGAAACAUAUAUAGCAAUAGUAGCAUGAAAGACAUGAAACUUGUUUGGUCCCCAGAGAGAGCAACUAACUCAUACAUAGACACAGUUCAAGCCGUAACCACCAAUCACCUUGUCAGUGAAUCUGGUGUGGCGGAGUUUGUUUCAGCUAUGGCGGCAGGAUGGAACGCUCAGCUUAUAGUGGAAACAUGGUCAUGUGGCGGAGUUAUUCCAACGAGUGUUGGUUUAUCCAUAGCAAGCGGUCACAAUGGUGGAAGACACGUGUGUAUAGUUCCUGAUGAACUCUCAAGAUCAGAGUAUGCAAAAAAUAUGUUAGAAGCUGGUAUGUCACCGGAGGUUUUGGUAGGAGAACCGGAGGAAGUGAUGGAUGGUUUGAUCGGAAUAGAUUUCUUGGUUGUUGAUUCUCGGAGAAAAGAUUUUACUAGAGUGUUGAGGUUAGCAAAGUUGAGUGGUAAAGGUUCUGUAUUGAUAUGUAAGAAUGCUAAUUUUAUUUCUAAGAUGGAUUCUGGUUAUAUGUGGCGGAGCGUGGUGGCGAGGGGCUCGCGAAGACUUGUUAAGUCGGUGUUUCUUCCGGUGGGGAAGGGGAUUCAUAUGGCACAUUUAUCAGCUGCCGGUGGUGGUGAGUACUCAGUGGCGGCGGUGAAGCAUAAAGCACGUGUUAUUCAUAAUAGAUGGAUUAAGCAUGUUGAUCAACGGUCAGGGGAUGUUCACUUUAUUAGAAAAUGAGAAAUGUAUAGUAGCAAUUUCAUGUUCAAUUCCAAUACAAUAUCCAAAUCAUAUUUUUCCUUUCCUUUUUUGUAAAUACGGUUGAAAUAUGAAAAUGAUUAUGGAUAUAGUCUCUUUUUUUUUGUUGAUCAUGAUUAUGGAUAUAGUGGUUAACAAGUCAAAAGAAAAAGAAAAUAAAGUUUGUUAAUUAAUGAGAAAGAGCUUACCCACUGCAUUUA